AUCGAUUCUCCAUGCUCUUUUCAACGGCUUAUUAUAGCCAUGCAAUCUCUUCUUCGAGUAAAGAUUGUACCUCCGAUUUCUAGGAAAAAAGACCAGGAUGUUAAUGUUCUUCCCAAGUAUAAGCUUCGAUGUCGUAUCUGCGAUCAAUGUUAUCUGACUAUACUAAUACGUGUAGACGAUCUCUGGCAGCAUCUUCGUAAAGAGCAUAAAGAAGCAUUUGAAAAGCUGUCAUUUUUGCGAGAUUAUGCAUACCUUCAUUAUAAUUGGGCAACAGGAAAACAUGAUUAUGCGAGCGCAACAGAGUUUCUUACCAAAUAUGAACAUCUUUUUUUAUAUUAUGAAAUUUUUUAUUAUAAUCUUUCAAAGAUUGAUUCUUCUUGGUCGAUUCAAUGUUUGGUGAUGGCCGCCCAUUUACUUCGUAUGAAACUUUAUUCACCGCCGUUGACGUCGAUUAUUGAGUGA